AUGUGUGGCCAGGACCGACAUCAACCAACCCAGAACUAUUUAGCCUCCACGUCUAAGGCCCUCGAAGCAGGUUCCCAUCCCUACAACUCUUUACUCCACACAUCCACGGGAUCUUCCUCCUCCUCCUCUUCUUUCGCCUCGUCUUCGACAUCAUCACAAACACCCUCCAUAGCUAAGAAGAAGCGAAAAUGGUACAAGCCGAAACUGAGGCUAAAACUCCACGCAGACUGGAUGUGGGUUGGAUUUAUCAGUGCCGGAAACACGACGCCGACGGGUCAGUGUCGUUUUCAGAACGGAGGUCAAGAAGAUGAUGAGGAAUGGGAGCAGUUGCCUGCUUAUACGCCGCCCGAAGAGGGUGGGCGUGGUCUGGUAGGGAGGUUUGAUGGAAAUAGUAGAAACGAGCAGGAUGAAUGGCUUGUUGAGCCGCCGAGCACUGGGCCGAAUCAAGCGAGGAGGAACGAGUUCGGUUUAGAGCCGCCAGAAUAUCAAUAG